GUGUACCAUCAUAAUAAAAACAAACGUAACGUGCUCCUGCACAUUGGGCUCGUGGUAUAUUCUCCACCCCUCUUUAACCAUAGCUGGAUCUCCUCUUUGCUGUUUCCUCUCUCCACCAAUCAGCUUGCGGCUGCAGAGGACACCCCGCCCUCUGUUCUCUGUGUGUGUGUGUGUACUGUGGAUGUCCUAGUGGGAGCUGGAACAUUUUGUCUAUGAAGGUAAAUGAGUCGCCACAGCUGGGCAGCCAGAGGCACUGCACUCCUCCACUAUAGCUUUGUGUCACAUUACCAGCAGCAGAAAGGCUCCACUCUUGUUGACAGGCUGGCGUUUAACCUCCCAGAGCAGCAAGCAGACAAGACGUACAGGACGUCAAACUUCACUAGUUUAGAGUUUAGAGAGUAAUGAGAGAUAAACACGUCCUCCCUUCAUGCUUACUUUCAACAAAAAAGAAGUUAUGGAUAUUUGCGACGGGAAGAAGAGGAGACAGGUAAGCGGCGGUGGCGGUGUGCCUGUGCGGGGCUGCAGGCGGAGCGCGGCCGUGAAGAUGAAGAUGAAGGUGGGCAAAGUCCUCCGCUCCCUGACGGUGGAGGACAACAACAACCGCAUGGAGGAAGAGGAGGAGGACGAAGAAGAAGAGGACGACGACGACUGCUUCUCCAUUAGCUUCCUCCGGAGCGACCGGCUGCUGGAGCCCGCCGUGACGGUGUCUCCUCGCUACAGCCUGCUGCGGGAGGUGGGCCGUGGGAGCUACGGCGUGGUGUACGAGGCCAUAGCGCGGAAAACAGGAGCCAGGGUGGCGGUGAAGAGGCUCCAGUGCGACGCCCCGGAGAACGUGGAGCUGGCUCUGGCCGAGUUCUGGGCCCUGACGAGCCUGGAGAACCGGCACCAGAACGUGGUCCAGCUGGAGGAGUGCGUCCUGCAGAAGAACGGCCUGGCACAGAAGAUGAGCCAUGGGAACAAGAGGUCCAAACAGUACCUGCGCCUGGUGGAAACCUCACUCAAAGGGGAGCGCAUCCUGGGUCAUCCAGCGGAGCCGUGCUAUCUCUGGUUCGUCAUGGAGUUCUGCGAGGGCGGGGACCUCAACCAGUACAUCUUGUCCCGCCGACCCGACCCCCAGACCAACAGGAGCUUUAUGCGCCAGUUGACCAGUGCCGUAGCUUUCCUGCACAAGAACAACAUCGUCCAUCGUGAUCUGAAGCCAGACAACAUUCUCAUCUCACAGAAAUCUGGUACACCUGUUCUCAAAGUGGCCGACUUUGGCCUCAGUAAAGUUUGUGCUGGCGUAAACUCCAAGAACAGUGAAGAACAUCCUGCAUCGGGAGUGGGCGGCAGAGGCAGCAACCAGAACAACAUCAUCAACAUAAACAAGUUCUGGUUGUCAUCAGCUUGUGGCUCGGACUUCUACAUGGCCCCCGAGGUGUGGGAGGGCCACUACACAGCCAAGGCUGACAUCUUCGCCUUGGGCAUCAUCAUCUGGGCAAUGAUCGAGCGGAUCACUUUCAUCGACGCAGAGUCCAAGCGUGAACUGCUGGGCACCUACAUACGGCAGGGCACGGAGAUUGUCCCUGUCGGGGAGGCUCUGUUGGAGAACCCCAAGAUGGUUCUCCACAUCCCUCAGAAGGCCAGGAGCUCCAUGUCUGAGGGGGUGAAGAAACUCCUUCAGGACAUGCUUGCAGUCAACCCUCAGGACCGACCAGACGCCUUCCAGCUGGAGGUGCGGAUGGACCAAGUCACGUGUGCUGCGUGACAACCCCCACCUUCCCAAAACCUCCCCUUUUUUUACCCUAACCAGUCAAAGAAGGGACCCCUUUCCUUCCCAGCUUUGUUUACUACAUGGACGUGGACUCCAAUGGAAAAAAAGCAUCUCUGACAAACUGAACUGUGAAGAAUCCACAAUCAUGAUUUGAGCGGGAAGCGAUGGACUGGCUAAUGAUUCCAAAACUCUGGGACAGGAACAGUAUGCAAACCCGACCACAACAGUGCACUUCCAGCACCAUCCAGUUACAAUCACUGUCACCACGGAGCUGAGGACAUUUAACUGGUGGAUAACGUCAGUGUCUGAGCUGACUGGAUGUGACAACCAGGUUUAUGACAUUAGUUGUUUUAUAUAUUUUUUUGAUGUUUGUUCCCUAACAGCCCCAGUAUAGGCCUGCUCUUCCUUAACAUCUGUAAAGUACUUGGCUGUGGCACAGGUAACGUACUGGACCUGUACAGGCAUCAUUUUACUGAUGAUAGUCUGCGAAUAACUACGAACUCAGAUGACACUACCAGUUUGUCUUUACUACGCCGGCCUGUGCAACCCCCGUGCCUUAAAGAUGAUUCACACCAAGUGCAAUUGGAUGAACUAAAAUGAUUUAGUGGGUCACAGUGGAAACUCACACACCAAGACAGAAACUUCAUGAGGCUGGAACCACCUUUGUCUCGUGCAGGUUUCUGUCUGCAGAAAUGCGCAAUUGAAUAUUUUGCUUUCAAUGAUGUCACACUUUUUUAAAAAAAAAAAUUCCCCCAGGCUGCAAUAAUGUCAAGUGAGAAUGUGAUAAUUUGGUGGCCCUCCUCUACCCAAAAGCUCACCUGCGAUCAUGAUGCUGUAGCUGAAAUAAAUUAAACUAAAUGAAGAUAUUGUCAGACAAGGUUUACAAGGAUAUUUCACAAAUCUGUGCCACACGCCGGAGGCAGAGGCGGAACAAAUGUGAACAUGAACGGUGUUGUUUUGAAGGUGUUAUGUAGAAUUCACACCUUCAGAAGUAGCAGGCCUGUAUCAACUCCAUACAAUACUGUGCUAUUGUAACCAAACAAUGUCCAGCAGGGAAUUCAGAUUGGUUUUAUGUUCCUGUUGAAAUCCAAAGAGCACCUGUUGGACAAAUUGCGUAUAUCUGUUUAUCAUCCCUGCAAAGCUUGGUAUGAACAUAUUUGUUAAAUUAACGUAUAUAUGACCAAGAAACAAUCAUGAUCAUUGGGGUGGGCUAAUAAUGGCUGUUUUGGUAACUUUGUACUGAAUGUUUUUUUUACAUUGAGUUUGAGUGUGGCGUUUUUUUUAGGAGUGGAAUACAUACCACUUUCAAUGCAGUUCAAGAUAUCAAGUCAAUGGGUAACUUGCAAUUAUCUGUCAUUAAGAGAUACUGAGCAUCGUUCUGUACUCUACCUUGAGAGUUUGAAGGUUUCUGAUUGGUGUGAUAUGAAAAGUGUUUAAAUGGGUCAUUCUACGGGAACAACCUGAGCAGUAUUGAGACAUCUGUGGCUGAAUCUUUCUUUUGUAUCUCAUUUGGAAAAUCUCACAGGAAAUUUGAAGGUUUACCAUCUGGAUAUAAUAAUCCCCAAAAAGCAGCCACAUCCUAACUGUCCCUUUCUUCCUUUCCCUUCUUUACUGAAGUGCUUCAAAUUCAGGUAGUUGUUUGGUUGCAGCCUACUCUCUGUGUUGUGAGGAAAUCGUGGCUAGUUUGAAACUGUGAUUCAUGAAAACCGAUCACUACAUGUGCUCCCAACAAAACAUACUAAGCCACAUGACCGAUCCACAGAUGAGAUGGUACUUGAAGAAACUAGGAUUUCCAGGAAGAAAGAACAGAAGUUCAAAUACACAGAAGAAUUAAAGGGAACAUAUCAUGCUCAUUUUCCGGUUCAUACUUGUUUUUUGGGUUUCUACUAGAACAUGUUUACAUGCUUUAAUGUUAAAAAAACAUUAUUGUUCUCAUACGGUUUGUCUGAAUAUACCUGUAUUCAUCCUCUGUCUGAAACGCUCCGUUUUAACGCCUGUCUCUUUAAGCCCCAGUCUGCUCUGAUUGGCUGGCUAGGAAAAUAUGGUACACCUUCGCAAAGAUAAUUCUCAAGCCGUGGGCGAUAUAUCCUAAUGAGCAUGCAUGUGACAUAGGAAGGGGACCCAAAUGUGAACGGCUUGUUGAAUCACAUGUUUUCUGAUCUAGACAGUCAACAAAAACCUGACUGGGUUGUCUUGUUUCACAGUUUGUGGGUUGGUAGGAACUCCAGAUAUACCCAAAUGUAUGUACACACACACACUGAGAAAGUGAGUUUUUCAUGAUAAGUCCCCUUUAAAACACAGAAGCAAACAGAGAGUGGUAAAGCAUACAGUGGCAAACCUGACAAAAAGGGUUUGUAUGUUCCAGACCUAGAAAGCUCUGCUAGCCUUCACUCUCCAACACAGACCAGAGGAAUGACCAAAACCUCCUUUUGAUUUCAUAGCACUGCGUAGCAUUUGGGUUCAGUUCAGCGACUCGGCAGUAGUAGUAGAUUUUAAGGCAUUUUGUAGUGUGGUCCUACCUCAUUCUCAGCACUUUGAAACAUCUACCUUGACAGUCUCAAUAACUUAGUCUUAGUUUCUGAUACAAGGGGAACUUUGCUUGAAUGGGAUAGAUCUUUACCUCAGACUCAAUCUCUUCAAUCUUGAACCAACUUUCAAUGAAUCUGACUUCUCUGUGUGGUGUUUUGCUUAGAUACAGGUAACACCUGGCUUUUUCCCUUUAUAAUGACUACAUCUGCAGCACCUGUUAGCUUCUCUCUUAGUGGCUGUAUUACAGAGAUAGUCCUUAAUUCUGUUGUUUGCAUUCAACAACUACAGCUAGCACAUAAGGCUAUAUUAGUGCCCGAAGGUAACAAACAAAUUAGUUAGUGUGACGGAUAGUACGACCGCGUCUUAAAGGGACUCUAUGUAAGAAUCAGAAAUUGCUUGUUAACAGCGACACCUGUUGUAGUCUUGAUGCGAUUCAUUGUACAAAUGGAGAUAAUGCCGUGUAAACUUUUCUCUCAGUCUUUCCUUGAAGUUCAACCGCGGUGUUGGAUUCGGCAGUUCACACGAACAAUGACGAGUAUUUAUGUUACGAAUAAAACGAGAAAUUGAAAGAAUUGUCAGACAAUCUGACAAGCACUUAAUCUGCUCAUCCAGCAGGUGUAGGGCUCCAUGGAGCGAUUAUGAUUAAAGCACAACAAAACCUUGCUUAUUUGCCUUCAAUGUUGAUGCACCUUGAAACUCAUGGGUGCUGUAGUUGUUGAAUGCUAACACAACUGUUGCUAAAAUAUUAAGAUGUUACAUUUUGGGAUGAGAUUUUCACUUUUUGCUAAAGGACUAGUGUAGGACAUAGGAAAUCUGUUAUUUCCUCUUAGAAAUAUUGAAUCUCUGACUUGCUCUGCAGUGUUCAAUGUACAUGUACAAGCAUUAAACCUAACAUAGUUAAACGACUGUAUAUGACAUUGCUGUGGUAAUAAGCUAACUGAGGAUUUUUACUACUUCUUUACUGUCCACUUGCCCUGCUGUCACUGUAUUUUUCGUAUGAACAUAUUUCAUUUAGCUCUCUUUAGACUAGUAAUGAUUCCACUUGAAAACACUUUACACUAUGCAAAAUGUUUCACUGCCUCACUGUAAACACCGUACAGAGCCACACCGUUCUCAAACAGUUGUGUGUAAUAUCUUGGAACUUUUCUCUUUUAGCGCAUAUUUUCCAGUUUGUACAGAAAUGUAUGUUGUGUUAAAUAAGAACUGCUUUUUGUUAAUGAAGCUGACAGGAGCCAUUCGAUGUUUGAGAAAGCAUCAUAUUUUUUUGUUUUUUUGCUGUAAAUAUGUUUGACAACUUUUCUUGGAAUAAAUGAUCAAAAAUA